AUGGGAUUGCCAGGAAUAACAGACCAUCACGAGGCCAAGCAACAUCCCAAGCCCGAGGAGCCAGAUCAAGUAGAAGGUCACACACUCAAGAAAGUGCUCAAUAAGAUUAGCGGACACCCCACUUCGUACGUUAACAAAAUCGACUACAUUUUUGGGCGCACACUCGGUGCAGGCUCUUUCGGAGUAGUCAGACAAGCCAGGAAAGUUUCGAGCGGUGAAAACGUAGCUGUCAAGAUACUUUUGAAAAAGGCUUUGAAGGGAAAAGAUGUUCAGCUGCAAAUGCUAUAUGACGAGCUAUCCAUUUUACAAAGGUUGGACCAUCCAAACAUUGUCAAGUUCAAGGACUGGUUCGAAUCUAGAGACAAGUUUUACAUUGUGACGCAGCUAGCUACAGGAGGUGAGCUCUUUGACCGAAUUCUAAAGCAAGGGAAAUUUACAGAGGGUGAUGCUGCCAAUAUCAUACAUCAGAUACUGAAUGCUGUGGAAUACCUGCACUCGCGGAACAUUGUACAUCGUGACUUGAAGCCGGAAAACCUGCUAUACUUGACGACAGAUGCUGACUCUCCCUUGGUCUUGGGAGAUUUUGGCAUCGCCAAAGAGUUGAAUAGCGAUGACGAACUGAUACACAAGGCCGCGGGAUCAAUGGGUUAUGUGGCCCCCGAAGUAGUCACGACUGAUGGGCAUGGUAAGCCUUGUGACAUUUGGUCUCUUGGUGUUGUCACUUACACAUUACUUUGCGGAUAUUCUCCAUUCGUGGCCGAAAGCGUCGAAGGCUUUCUGGAUGAAUGCACGGCGGGCAGAUACCCUGUAACAUUCCACAAGCCUUAUUGGUCUAGCAUUUCUGAUGAGGCCAAGGAUUUCAUUCUUAAUGCCCUCACGGUUGAUCCUCAUCAUAGACCAACGGCGUCAGAGUUGUUGAGGCAUCCUUGGAUUGUUAGUAAGACAAGCAAGACCGAGAACUUGUUGCCAGAGAUCAGGACAGAAUUUGAUGCUCGUCGCAAGUUCCGUGAAGCAGUGGAGAUUGUUAAACUAAACAACAGAAUCAAGAAAUUGAAACAAUUGUAUUCGACUGGUGAAGAAGAGGACUCGGACAUCGAAGAAAAUUCCCCUGGCAGCAGUUUGAACAGCUCAUUUGCUAAUAUGUCGGUAGGCACUGGUUCUCCGGAGGAAAAUAAUGAUCAGUACAACAAGCAAUUGAAAUCGGCCUUGACUCAAAACGCUUUCGCGCAAAUUGUCAAAGCGGCAACUCAGAACAAGGAUCGAAUCAAAAACUUCAAGGACGACAAAUAUGAAGGAGAACGGAGCGACAAUCAUGAAUGA